GGGUCCCUGGCCUGUUAACUCACUCUAGUCUCUCUCGAAGUCCUAGGUGUUACAAUGACAUAGCAUGAAACUUUAAAAUUUAGCAAAUGUUGAGCAAAAAAAAGAGUAUUGAAGCAAAACUUUAAAAUUUUCAACCUAUAAGAUGAGAAAUCUAAGCCUAUAAAGAAUAAAGCUAAAAUGGUCAAUUCAUGAAUGCAUAGUUUGAUAGUGAAAGAUAUAUAUAUAUAAGUUAAUUUUUAAUUUUUUGUAUCUCCCAUCUUUUAAUACCUUAUAAAAUCAACAUCAAUAAAAAUUUGUAAAAAAUUUGAAGGUUGAUAUUUAUUUGAUACAUUGGCCCUCUAUAAAUCUAAUUCACAAUACAAAAUUGUAUUACUCUCAUCAUACACUACUCUUUGUUGUAUAUCACAUAUGGCAAAUAUUCUACCAAUUUCAAUAAAUUACCACAAGCCAAAACUAGUAGUUCCAUCAAGUGUAACAUCUCAUGAGACAAAACGUCUUUCUGAAAUAGAUGAUCAAGGGUUUAUUCGACUCCAAAUCCCCAUACUAAUGUUUUACAAAUACAAUUCUUCAAUGAAAGGUAAAGAUCUAGCAAAAAUUAUCAAAGAUGGAUUAUCUAAAACACUUGUGUUUUACUAUCCAUUAGCUGGUAGACUCAUUGAAGGGCCUAAUAAAAAGCUUAUGGUAAAUUGCAAUGGUGAAGGAGUCUUGUUUAUCGAAGGUGAUGCUAAUAUAGAGCUUGAAAAAUUAGGUGAAUCUAUUAAGCCACCAUGUCCAUACUUGGAUUUACUACUUCAUAAUGUUCAUGGUUCUGAUGGAAUUAUUGGUUCUCCUCUUUUGUUAAUUCAGGUGACUCGUUUUACUUGUGGUGGAUUUGCUGUUGGAUUUAGAUUUAAUCACACAAUGAUGGAUGCUUAUGGCUUCAAAAUGUUUCUAAAUGCGUUAAGUGAAUUAAUUCAAGGAGCUUCAACACCUUCUAUAUUGCCUGUAUGGGAAAGACAUCUCCUAAGUGCUAGAUCAUCACCAAGUAUUACAUGUAUUCAUCAUGAGUUUGAUGAGGAAAUUGAAUCAAAAAUUGCGUGGGAAUCUAUGGAAGAUAAGUUGAUACAACAAUCAUUUUUCUUUGGAAAUGAGGAGAUGGAAGUCAUUAAAAAUCAAGUUCCUCCAAAUUAUGAAUGUACAAAAUUCGAGUUAUUAAUGGCAUUUUUAUGGAAAUGUCGUACCAUUGCUCUUAAUUUGCACUCUGAUGAAAUUGUUCGUUUGACAUACGUUAUUAAUAUACGUGGAAAAAAGUCACUCAACAUUGAAUUACCAAUUGGUUAUUAUGGGAAUGCGUUUAUUACUCCAGUUGUUGUAUCAAAAGCAGGUUUGUUAUGUUCAAAUCCAGUGACAUAUGCAGUUGAAUUGAUCAAGAAAGUUAAAGAUCAUAUAAAUGAAGAAUACAUCAAAUCAUUGAUAGAUUUAAUGGUUACUAAAGGGAGACCAGAGUUAACAAAAUCUUGGAAUUUUUUGGUCUCAGAUAAUAGAUAUAUUGGAUUUGAUGAAUUUGAUUUUGGAUGGGGAAACCCCAUUUUUGGAGGGAUCUUAAAGGCUAUAUCUUUCACUAGUUUUGGUGUUUCUGUUAAAAAUGACAAAGGAGAAAAAGGUGUUUUGAUAGCUAUAAGUUUACCUCCAUUGGCCAUGAAAAAACUUCAAGAUAUCUACAACAUGACUUUCAGAGUCAUAAUUUCAAAUAUAUAAGGCUUUUUCCUAUUUGAAAGUACUUGUAUUUUAGUAUUUUGUUUCAAUUUAUGUGACAGUGUUUGAAAAAAUAAACGACUUGUUUGUAUAAAUAAUGGUGACUUGGUUUUAUGUAUA